AUGAACCCAUCAAUUCUCCUCACCAACCACCACACCACCCUCUUCACCCCUACCCUAAGGCCAGCCGGAAUCCCUCCUCGCCUUUCCUCGACUCGUUUCCGCCGCCACCGCUAUAAAAUCUCCACUGUGCGGGCUUCCUUAUUGGAGCAAAAUUCUAGUUCUAUUUCUGCUUCUCCAUCCAGUAUUGCCGUCAAAGCCGAUGUUUUUGGGGAGAAGAGAGACCUCACGAGUGUCCAGUCUUUGGUCGAUGCCAUGUCACCGCCUAUUCGGAUAGCUGGUUCGGCUUUAAUCUUUGCAGCUGCUGUUGCAGCUGGAUAUGGACUUGGGUCUCGGUUUGGUGGGUCUCGUAAUGCUGGCUUGGGUGGUGCCGUGGCUCUUGGUGCUGCUGGAGCUGGUGCUGCUUAUGCUUUGAACUCUUGUGUCCCUGAGGUUGCGGCAGCUAAUUUGCAUAACUAUGUGGUUGGUUGUGACGAUCCCGGAGCAGUUAAGAAGGAAGAUAUUGAAGCCAUUGCAAACAAAUAUGGUAUUACCAAACAGAACGAGGCAUUCAAUGCAGAGCUUUGUAAUUUAUAUUGCCGAUUUGUAUCUGCCGUGCUUCCUCCUGGAAGUGAAGAUCUUAAAGGCAGUGAAGUUGAGACCAUCAUCCAAUUUAAAAACUCGUUGGGCAUUGAUGAUCCAGAUGCUGCAGCCAUGCACAUGGAGAUUGGUAGGCGAAUUUCCAGGCAAAGGCUUGAAACUGGGGAUCGGGACGCUGAUAUCGAACAACGUCGGGCAUUUCAGAAGCUAAUAUAUGUCUCAAAUCUUGUAUUUGGAGAAGCAUCCGGUUUCCUGUUACCUUGGAAACGUGUGUUCAAGGUUACUGAUGCCCAGGUUGAGGUUGCUGUUCGGGACAAUGCGCAAAGACUGUAUGCAUUCAAGCUUGAAUCAGUUGGCCCAGAUGUUGAUGUCAGCCAACUGGUCAGCCUUAGAGAAGCACAACUCAUGUAUCGACUUUCUGAUGAGCUUGCGGAAGACAUGUUUAGGGAGCAUACGAGAAAGCUCGCUGAGCAAAAUAUAUCAACUGCUCUGAGUAUAUUGAAGUCCAGAACUAGAGAUGGGCAACGUGUCAUUACAGAGAUUGACAAGUUAUUGGCAUUCAACAAUCUGCUAAUCUCACUGAAGAGCCAUCCCGAUGCCAGUCGCUUUGCUCGUGGGGUUGGACCUAUAUCUUUGAUAGAUGGGGAGUAUGAUGGUGAUAGAAAGAUGGAUGACUUAAAGCUUCUCUAUAGAGCCUAUGUUUCACAUGCUUUAGCAGGUGGUCGCAUGGAAGAAAAUAAGCUUGCUGCAUUAAACCAAUUGAGGAAUAUAUUUGGUUUAGGUAGACGUGAAGCGGAGUCAAUUGCACUGGAUGUUACCUCUCAAGUAUAUCGUAAACGUCUUCAGCAGGCUGUAUCCAGUGGUGAUUUAAUAGCUGCUGAUAGUAAAGCAGCAUAUCUUCAAACUCUAUGUGAGGAGUUGCACUUUGAUCCAGAGAAGGCGAUUGAGAUUCAUGAAGAAAUUUACCGGAGAAAGCUUCGGCAACUGGUAGCUGAUAAAGGAGAACUCAGCGAUGAGGACGUGAAAACAUUGGAACAGAUACAGAUCAUGUUUUGCAUUACAAAGCAAACUGUUGAAGCAGCUCACGCAGAUAUCUGUGGCAGUUUAUUUGAAAAGGUGGUUAAGGAAGCAAUCGCUGCAGGAGUGGAUGGUUAUGAUGCGGAAAUUAAGAAGUCCGUCAGAAAGGCUGCCUUUGGUUUACGUUUAACCAGAGAGGUUGCAGUUUCUAUUGCUAGUAAGGCAGUCCGUAAGAUUUUCAUCAGCUACAUUCAAAGAGCAAGGGCAGCGGGUAAUCGUACAGAGUCUGCUAGAGAACUCAAAAAGAUGAUAGCUUUUAAUAGCUUGGUUGUGACUGAACUAGUCGCAGACAUCAAAGGCGAAUCAACUGAUACUCCAUCUAAAGAACCUAUUGAAGAAGAAAAACCAACAGAGGUAGAUGAGGAAUGGGAGUCCUUGCAGUCACUUCGGAAAGCAAGACCAAGCAAGGGAAGUAUAGGAAAACCAAGCCAGACGGAGAUAAAUCUUAAAGACGACCUCCCAGAGAGGGAUCGGACUGAUCUUUACAAGACAUAUUUGCUAUUUUGUUUAACUGGUGAGGUGACUAGAAUUCCAUUUGGGGCUCAAAUCACUACAAAGAAGGACGAUUCUGAAUAUGUUUUGCUAAACCAACUUGGUGGCAUACUUGGACUGAGCGACAAGGAGAUUGUUGAUGUACACAGGAGCUUAGCUGAACAGGCUUUCAGGCAAGAAGCUGAGGUUAUUUUAGCAGAUGGACAGUUGACUAAAGCAAGAAUUGAGCAACUCAGCGAGUUGCAGAAGAACGUUGGCUUACCGCCUCAGUAUUCUCAAAAAAUAAUAAAGAGCAUUACUACUACAAAAUUGGCAGCAGCCCUUGAAACUGCUGUUGGCCGGGGGAGGCUUAGCAUAAAGGAAAUUCGAGAACUGAAAGAAAACGGGGUUGAUGUAGACACCAUGAUCUCUGAAAGUUUACGAGAGAACCUGUUCAAAAAAACUGUUGAUGAUAUCUUCUCAUCUGGUACAGGAGAGUUUGACGAAGAGGAAGUAUAUGAGAAAAUCCCAAAAGAUCUAAAUAUUAAUGCUGCGAAGGCCAAAGAAGUUGUUCAGGAGCUUGCACGAAGUAGAUUAUCUAACUCCCUUGUACAGGCAGUGGCACUUCUAAGGCAGAGAAACCAUCCAGGAGUGGUUAAUUCUCUCAAUGACUUGUUAGCCUGCGACAAGGCUGUUCCUUCGACUCCAUUGUCAUGGGAGGUGCUAGAGGAACUGGCCGAUCUCUUCCUUGUAUACCUUAAAAGCGAUCCAUCAACCGAAAACUUGGCCAGAGUGCAAUAUCUACUGAAUAUCAGUGACGCAACAGCAGAAGCUUUGCGAGCCAUGAAGAGUAGAGGACUUCCACAUGGAGCAACGGAGGAAGAGUUUGUAUUUUGA